CAAUAACAGUAAUGUCAAAAUUUUAAAAUUAGAACCUAAUGUGUGGAAAUGUUUAUAUACCAUAGUAACAAAAACUGUAACUUAAUGAUGUAAUAAUAAUUUUUGGUAACGAAGAAGGGGCAUUCUUGACAAACACAAGUACGUUAUCUUGUAGUACGCUAUCCCAAUCCACCCUCAUAAACUCUUCAACCAAAUCUUCAUCCCCAAAUCCAGAAGGACCAAGAGAACGAAAAUGGCGAUGUCCAUCUCUUCGCUCACCUCAUCCUUCUCUUCUUUGUCUUUCUCCUCACAAAUUUCUCAAAAACCCUACUCCAUCUCUCUCGCUCCCUCCUCAAAAUCUCUUCGCUUAUCCCAAUUUUCCACAACCAAACCCCAAUCUCUUACAGUACUUGCCACUGUCGCCGCUGAGCCUCUCACCGGAGAUUUGGAGACUACGAACAUCGAGAAGUAUGUCAAAUCGAGACUCCCCGGUGGCUUCGCUGCCCAGACGCUGAUUGGCACUGGUCGCCGGAAAUGUGCCAUUGCGCGGGUUGUCAUUCAGGAAGGAACCGGAAAAUUCAUAAUCAAUUACCGUGAUGCACAGGAAUAUCUUCAAGGGAAUCCUUUGUGGCUUCAAUACAUCAAAGUCCCUUUAGCUACUUUGGGAUACGAGACAAGUUAUGAUGUGUUUGUGAAAGCACAUGGAGGUGGUCUAUCCGGGCAGGCACAAGCAAUCUCUCUGGGCAUUGCCCGGGCACUCCUGAAAGUGAGUGAAGACCACAGAAAGCCUCUGAGGAAGGAAGGUCUGCUUACUAGAGAUGCAAGAAGAGUUGAAAGGAAGAAAGCUGGUCUCCAUAAAGCACGAAAAGCCCCACAAUUCUCCAAACGUUGAGGGGCGCUUUCGACAUUUAUUUGAUGUUAAAAUCUUUUGUUGCAUUCAAAUACUGGUUUGUACUUUGUAGGGUAGUUUUGUUAUAAAAUGUACUUCCUAUCUAAUUCGUACAUCCACUUAUCGUUAUUCAAUCACACUAUGUUGCAAUUGGUCAAAAACUAAGAAACUGUAGAAAAAGUAUUAAGUGGACGUUUGUAGUGUGUACAGAGUUUCAAAACUCUUUUCUAAUUGAAUUGAAGGCAUUCUCCUUCGACCUUCAUGUGGAACAUUACUUUCUAAUGAGCUUAUUAAGAAGUAAACACAUCUUAUUUCUAUAAACAAUAACCACAGCUCCAUAAAU